AUGAACAUUUUUUCCGAGAGAUCGUCAUCAAGGUAUACCUAAAGAAAUUUUGUGUCUGAAUGUUAAACUCCUUCAAUAGAUUCACAUGGAUACAUUUCAGUUUCAAAAGAAUUAAAUAUACCUUUAAUAUCGACUGGAAAGCAAUCUAUUUCAGUCUAAAGGAAGUAAAUAAAGUUAUUUGAUUCCCCUCACUUCAAUGAUAACACCAAUUCCACUUUAAGUAGUCACAAAUCAAAAAAAGAGGUGGAUAUACUUUCAAAAUUAAUGAAUUGGGAGAAAAUGUAAGGAAAUCCUAAGUUUAUUCCCUUGAAACGACACCACGAAUUAUUACCAAAGACAGAACAUUUAAGAAAUCAAAACCCAAUGUUCCAGGAUAUCAAAUAGAAGGGACAUGCAAAAUAUUUAAAUUAACAAACAGUUUAACAACAAGCACCUAAAUCUUUUGUUAUGCAUGAUACUAUUCAACCAGAUGUAGAGAUGAAGGAGUCGGAAUAUAAUUAAAUGGAGAGUUUGGAUCCACUUAAUACUAUGAAAAAUCAACAUGAAUUAAAUCAAUAUGUUAUUUAGGUAGCAAAAACAAAUAAUAGAAUUCUACCAAAGCUUUAAUUACCUGAAAAGAAUGAAAAAGCUAUUCUAAAGCCAAAUUUCCAUCGAUAGAAAAGACUUUAUAGUGUUAUCGAUACUUUUGAAGCCCUAAAAUUUGGGGGUUAAGAUGAUUCCGUCUUUGAUGAUAAUGAGUAUUAGUAAUUUCGUAAGAGAAAGGCUUAAUUUAAAAGAUAUUAGCUCAGAAAACGAAUUAUUGUAGUAUUGGCAGUUAUUAGAAUUUCAAGAAAGCAUAGAUUAAUAUUAAAAGAAAGAGCAUUAUAUUCUACAAGUUUGGAUCAAUCAAAAAGUGUACAUCAAAAAUAUCUAGAUUAAUUCAGAACUAAAAACUUAUUAUAUCAUUAGAAGGAAUUUGCAGAAGGGAUAUUUAAAAAAUUAAAUUCAAGCAUACUGGAUAAAAAAUAUCUAAAAGAAUGCCAAGAGAUUUCUAUGUUUCAAGACUCUGUAUAGAAAGAUAUAAAAAAGCAAAGGUUUUGCCAAUUAGCUCUUUUACUUUUAUAAUCUUUAGAAAUAGCAACUUAGUAGAAUGUGUUACCACAAGUAAUAGUACAUCUACUGAAUUUGAACUUCUACAAAUCUAGCACUUCUUAAUCUUGUUUAUUUGUUUCAAAAAGAGCGUGUUAUUAUACAGCAUUCGUUUGCAAAAUCACUAGAAAAUAAUAAUUAUUAUUAGCCACCGAAUUUUUAAUGUUCUAAACAAUAAUCCCUAAUAUAUUCUCAAUAUUUAAGGAUAUGAACAUUAAGGAUAUAGAACAUAAUAAUUAAACUUUAAGUUAUUUAUCUGCUCUUACUUAAAUCGUUCAAAUACUAUUCAUAGAUUAUUUCAAAGAUUUAGAGCUGGUAAAAACUAAAAAUGUGCAUCCUAUUUAAAGAAUUUUGAAGUUAAAUAUUGAUGAGAAUACAGGCCUUGGAGCAUCUGAAAUCAUAAUUAGUUCAAAAAUUAAUACAGAUGAAACUGUUGUUAUUGAGAAUGGUUUCGACAAAUCUAGUAUUUUAGAAUUGCAAGAUUCCAAACCCUAUUGGGAUGAAAAGAUAAAAUCUAGAUUUGCUAAAAUAGUCUCUAAUAUUGAGAAGCAUAUACUGAUUUAAAAUAAUUGA